AUGACCUUAGACAUACUCCCAGCUUUUGUUGGGUCUUUAAUACUAGCAGUUUACCUGACGAGGUUCUUUUUCUUGAAGCUGAAGGCAAAAACGCCUCUUUUUUUGGGCAGUGAAUUAGAUAGACGAAAAAAGCCAACUCUGGUAGUGCUUGGAUCUGGUGGACACACGACUGAGAUGCUGAGACUGUUGGAUCACAUGCAGAAAGAGAUAUACAAUCCUAGAUACUAUUUCCUGGCCAACACAGACCACAUGUCUAUUAAAAAACUGAAGCUGAGAUCGCUGUCGCCUGAUUUGCGAGAUCUAUUAAGAGUCGAGGAAAGUUCUCACGGCGUAUACAGUUUGGACGAUUAUCAGUUUCUGCCAUUUUAUUUCGGCAGUAGUCAAUUGGCUGGGUCUGCAUUGGAACCAAAAGACAUACCAGACAUGGACGCAAUGACAACUAACAAGGACAAUUAUCUUCUCUGUGCGGCUAUUGACCAUAUCAAUAAGGUAAAAACUGGCCCCUUCUCAGAGCAUUCGAAUCAGCUGUGGAAUAUUUCUGCUGUGCCUCAUUGGAAAAAAGUGAAUGAAGGCCUACUGAAGAUGUACAAAGCUGAGGUGUUGUCCAAAUUCCCUAUUGUGCAACAUCUGUUGUUUGGAACUUUGUUCAAAUUUGAACCGUUUACUUAGUUAUUGAAUUGUACGCAACUAAUUUCAAUUUUCGUUUGCAAAA